CUGCCGGGCUCAUUCGCUCUCCUCCGCCUCAGCCGUUUCGGGAUCGCCCCCCUUUCUGCCGACUCUCUCGCGCUCCCUCGCCCGGCCUCGCCAAUGCGCCUGGCGGAGAUGAUCAAGAAGAUGGGUCCCAGCCAGGCGGAGCUGAGCAUCCCGGCCAAGAACUGCUACCGGAUGGUCAUCCUGGGCUCCUCCAAGGUGGGCAAGACGGCCAUCGUGUCCCGCUUCCUCACCGGCCGCUUCGACGACCAGUACACCCCCACCAUCGAGGACUUCCACCGCAAGUUUUACAGCAUCCGCGGGGAGGUCUACCAGUUGGACAUCCUGGACACGUCCGGCAACCACCCGUUCCCGGCCAUGAGGCGCCUCUCCAUCCUCACAGGAGACGUUUUCAUUCUGGUCUUCAGCCUGGACAACCGCGACUCCUUCGAAGAGGUCCAGCGCCUGAAGCGCCAAAUUGUGGAGACCAAGUCCUGCUUGAAGAACAAAACCAAGGAGAACGUGGAGGUCCCCCUGGUCAUCUGCGGCAACAAGGGAGACCGGGAUUUCUACCGGGAGGUCGACCCCCGGGAGAUAGAGCAGCUGGUGGGCCCGGACCCCAAGAAGUGUGCCUACUUCGAGAUCUCGGCCAAGAAGAACAGCAGCCUGGACCAGAUGUUCCAGGCCCUCUUCGCCAUGGCCAAGCUGCCCAGCGAGAUGAGCCCGGACCUCCACCGCAAAGUCUCCGUCCAGUACUGUGACCUCCUGCAGAAGAAAGCCCUCAAGAGCAAGAAACUGCUCAAGGAAGGGGCCCGGGAGGCCGGCAGGGAAGCCUACGGCGUCGUGGCCCCCUUUGCCCGCCGCCCCAGCGUGCACAGCGACCUCAUGUACAUCCGGGAGAAGGCCAUUCGAGGCGGGCAGGCCAAGGACAAAGAGCGAUGCGUGAUCAGCUAGGCCGGCUUGUGUGUUGCCCCUGGCUGUUUGGCUGCUCAGACUCUGCUGCCCGUGGGGUGGCCCCCGCCUUGUGCCAAGGGUUAGCAUCGCCCACCCCUGGGGGGGGGGGGGGCUACUGUGCCUCCGACCUCCUCCUGUUUGACACGGGGAUCUCUUUUUCAUCUGUCCCCUGGUUUUGGAGGAAGGGGUGCCGAGACUUGCAGGGACACGCCCUGGCACAAGAGGAGACUUUGGACUGGCGGUGGAGAGGUCUUCUGGAGAGGAAGACCCACGCAGAAAAGGGACUAUGCCUUCUGAGCCUCUUAUUUUCCAUAAGACUUCAGGUUGUGGGGAGAUCGGGGCCUGGAGGGAGGGACUGUGCCCCGGAGAGCGAAACCAGCCCACCCGGACUGCUGAAGGUGGCGCCUGUCUGUCUCUAGCGUUUGUGUGCUGUUGGGAAGCACUUUGACAAGAAAACCUGUUUGCUGCGGAAAAUAUUUAGCAAAACUCUCUGCUCCCUUUCCCCCUCCCCCAGUUGCGGGAACGAAGGGGGAUUAGGUGGGUGGGCACGUUUUCUUGUGUUUACAUUUGUCUUUGUCUGUCUUGAUUUGUCUCUUUUUUUUCUUGCAAAAGAAAAACCUGACCUUUUUGGGAAAACACGGGCACUUUACAUGCGGAGUAUUUUGGUCCCCGGACCCGAACAAAAACGCAGAGCAUCAGUGGUUCUGGUGUGUGCGACUGUUGUCUGUUUUUUUGUUAUAUUUUUCUACAAAAAUGAUAAUAAAACACUUUUUGAACUA